GCUGCGCCGGUGCUGUGUGCAGGUCUCCUCGGCGGGUGCGCGUGGUCGGGACAGCUGCCGCUGGUCGCCUCUGAGUCAGGACGAGUCUGGUUCGUGUCCGUGCGCGGAGUUCUCUCUCAUCUCGCUCGGCUGCGGGAAAUCGGGCUGAAGCGACUGAGUCCGCGAUGGAGAGAGAAAAGGAACAGUUCCGUAAACUCUUCAUUGGUGGCUUAAGCUUUGAAACCACUGAAGAAAGUUUGAGAAACUACUAUGAGCAAUGGGGAAAGCUCACAGACUGUGUGGUAAUGAGGGAUCCUGCAAGCAAAAGGUCAAGAGGAUUUGGUUUUGUAACAUUCUCAUCCAUGGCUGAGGUAGAUGCUGCCAUGGCUGCAAGGCCUCAUUCAAUUGAUGGGAGAGUAGUUGAGCCAAAACGCGCGGUAGCCAGAGAGGAGUCUGGAAAACCUGGAGCCCAUGUGACUGUGAAGAAGCUAUUUGUUGGCGGAAUUAAAGAAGACACCGAGGAGCAUCACCUUAGAGAUUACUUUGAAGAAUAUGGGAAAAUUGAUACUAUUGAAAUAAUUACUGAUAGGCAAUCUGGAAAGAAAAGAGGCUUUGGCUUUGUUACCUUUGAUGACCAUGAUCCUGUGGGUAAAAUUGUAUUGCAAAAAUACCACACCAUUAAUGGUCAUAAUGCAGAAGUAAGAAAAGCACUGUCAAGACAAGAAAUGCAGGAAGUCCAGAGUUCUAGGAGUGGAAGAGGAGAUGGAUAUGGAAGUGGACGUGGAUUUGGGGAUGGCUACAAUGGAUAUGGAGGCGGACCUGGAGGUGGCAAUUUUGGAGGUAGCCCUGGUUAUGGAGGAGGAAGAGGAGGAUAUGGUGGUGGAGGACCUGGAUAUGGCAACCAGGGUGGGGGCUACGGAGGUGGUUAUGACAACUAUGGAGGAGGAAAUUAUGGAAGUGGAAAUUACAAUGAUUUUGGAAAUUAUAACCAGCAACCUUCUAACUAUGGUCCAAUGAAGAGUGGAAACUUUGGUGGUAGCAGGAACAUGGGGGGACCAUAUGGUGGAGGAAACUAUGGUCCAGGAGGCAGUGGAGGAAGUGGGGGUUAUGGUGGGAGGAGCCGAUACUGAGCUUCUUCCUUCUUGCCAUGGGCUUCACUGUAUAAAUAGGAGAGGAUGAGAGCCCAGAGGUAACAGAACAGCUUCAGGUUAUCAAAAUAACAA